AAAGGUUGUAAAUACACUCAUUGCCUAUUAGAUUUUGAAACUUGUUUUUCAUCUAUUAAAAUGGUGGGGAAGGGUAGCUCGUAAACAGAUUGCGGUUAAUUGGUAGGUAAAAUUCAUAUUAUUUGUGAAAAUGAGAAUAUGUAUAUUUUUAGUACAACAAAUAAUCUGUUGUAGUCUAAAUGAGAAUAUGUUUAUUGAUAACAAUAGUGCAACAGAUUCAUAUGACAUAAACUACCCCUAACUUUUUUUCUCACAAUCAAACUACUACCCAAAGAUCAAUAAUCGUUUUCGCAAAUUUUAGGGGUGUCCAAGCAGGGAUUCACCCCUGAUUAAUAUGUCACAAAUAUAUAGAAAAAAUUUAUAAUGCCCGAUACAAUGUAGUGACAUGGUCUAUUCGCAAUAUAUUAUAUGGUACUAUACCUGUAUAAUAUCGCUUGAAGUCUUGAACCUCUGAUAUACCACUAAAUGUCAUUUCAAUGACUUGGUUUGUACAAUCUCAUAUAACAUUUCAUAAACCAAAGGUCCCCGUUAGAGGUCAUUUAUGUAAUGUGAAUUUCGUUGGGAACAAGAUAGUACGCGGAUAAUAUGAAUCAAACACUUUGUCAGUCACCGAUGAUAGAUAGAUAGAUAGCUACGUUAUCAACAAGAGAAUAUAGUAAAAAUUGGAAAUUUAGAUUGUGAGUUGUAAAAUAAUUAAAGAAAUGCAAAACUAUUACCUCUAAUUUUUAGAAGGAACUUAAUUAAAAAAAUAGUGAUGUCAUAAAUGUUUGACUUGCAAGAAGAACCUCUCUCUUCCUCACUCUAUAUAUUAUUUCUCAACUCAUAAGAGUGAGAAAUCUAUUUGAUUUAGGACUAGAGAUUUGAUUUAGGCCGCCAAACUAUUUUCACAUCAUAGUCCAUGAAAUAGUUUGCUUUCGACAAUCAUAAUCUUCUCCCAAUUCACCAUUGCUAAGGCCUAGAACAAGGUUCUUUUUUCUAUCUUCCUUUCAUGUUACUUGAUUUUCUUUGCUCAUUUUCCAAUCUUUGUUAAAAAUCGAGGUAUUAGAUUCUAGGUUUGUCUUAGCCGCUUCUCCAUAAUAUUGUGGUAAAUUUUAUAUGAUUUAGCUUGACUUGAUUUAAAUACUCGUUAACUAUCUCACCUAUGCGGCCAAGAUGAUGAGGGCAGUGGUAGGGCGAUUGGGGAGGCUAUUUUCUCUACUCAACUCACGAAAUCAUGUAAAAUAACAUGUAAAUUUUAAUAAAUUGGAAAAAUAUAGUAGUUAAUAAGGCGUUAGCCCCCCCUCCCCCCUCCUCUCCGCUAGUUCGAAUUCUAUGUGCGUUAAGUUUUAAACACCCCUCGAAUUUCUGGCUCCGCCACUAAAUAAGGGAUACACUAGUUAAUUUAGUUUUGAAAUAUGUACUCUCGAUGGAAAUUACCGACCCAUAUACAAGGGAUGCACUAGUUAAUUCAUUUAACAUCAUGUGAGGCUUGUUAGAGACUAGUUCUAAAUAUAACACUAGUGAAAUAUACGGUUUCGAUUUGGUUCAAUCUUUGUUACAGAAUCAGGAAACAGUUUUAAAUAUGAAAAUUCAAAUUUAAAGAGAAUUUUAUUCAGUUCGGUCGGCUCAGUGUGAAUAGAUUCAUUGCACACCCAUACGUGAUAAUGCCAAUGUGGCCAAUUUCAAAAUCAUCAUAAUCAGACAUGUCUUUAUGUAUCAGCGACAUAAGGAUAACAAUUACAUUAACUCGUACGAUAUAAUGAAAAUAGGCAACUAAAGGACGCGCCAUAAAAUCAUUAAAGAAAUAGCAAAAUAAUUAGCCUCAAUUUUGGCAGAAACGCAUUUUUUUGUGGCUUAAAAAAGAAAAAGAGACGUUAUAAAUAUUUGAUUAUCAGGAAAAAAGGAAUAUUUUUUUUCUUCCAUCUCUUUCUUCCUCCUCCUCCCUCCUUCCUUGUCAUGUUGGCUCGUCUUUAUAUAAUUCUGCGCUACUAUCAAGAAUCAAAAACUUAUUUCAACUAGCGAAAUACUUUUUCGAGUGCUCUGCUUUCACCUCAGUUUAACAUUCAUUGCCUCCAAGGAGAGAUACCUAGUCCAAGUCGAGAACUUGCUUCUAGAUCUCAAUUCUUGUAACUCUGACCCUUUACUUUCGACACUCUAAAUUCCCUUUCCGACUCCACCACUCCCGAAGCCCACAAAAGAGGUUCUUUUUCUAAACUCUCUCUUCUUAUCCGUUAAUGUAUGUUCAUUUGGCGGCGCUUUUCUUAAACCAUUUUGGUGUGGAUUUGGUGGCAAAUUUUGACUUAAUCCACUUCCCCAUUUCGUUAGAUUGUAAAACUGUUGCAAAUCGUCCGUAAUAGAUUUGUCUAAUUACAUGUCUAAUACUCUUUAACUAUCUCAUUCCGUUGCAUUUGAACUCUGAUAUGAACAUGUUGGUUUUUACGACAAUACGAUGGAUAAAAGGAGGCGUAAAGAUCAAUGUUGGCUAGUUUCCAGUUGGGGGAAAACCUAACCAUACAUAACAAGCCACAAGAUUGGGCUUUUCUUAGGUCCACCACUUGAAGUUCAGCCCAUGACCCAAUUAAUUUUUGGUGGGGCCUAGUCUGUGGAUGAGUUGGACAUUUUUAUCCGAAUUUUGAUCCUAUAAAUUGAGCUAAGUUUUAUUACACUCUAAAUGACCAUGUUAGAUAAGCUCAAUUUAGUAGUACUCAAUAAUUAUUCGAUACACUAAAUUAUGUGGAUAAUGACAAUUAGAUAAGGAUAAUGCUUUCACAACUGAGACUUUUCCUAGCAUCUAUGAUUAUGCACUUCAUACAUCUCUUUUUCUAUAUCAUUUUCUCGUCGUCUGACUAUCUAUCAGACGAUAUCAGUAUAAACUAUUUAUAUGUCGUGUGGAUUGUCGAGAACUUUCAAAUUCUAUUAAACUAUGUGGAGAUCUGAUUUUCUUAACAGGUUUGAUUUCUAACUCUUUUAUAUCAUUCUGAUUUCAUUUAUCGCUUUUUCUUAUCAAGUAUUGAAUUAGUUUUUCUUUGAGAAUAAUUACUUGUCUAGAUGAAUCAUCCCAACUUUACACCCAUACUUAUGGAUUCAACCCGCCAACCAAUACUUAAAAUGUGAAUUUACAGCCAUAUUUUUAUUCAUUUUCUUGAAAGUUCGCCCACAAUUACCGUACCGCCAACUGUCAAAACAAAAAAAAAGAUAAAAAUCAUUUUCACCAGCAAAAACACAGAGGGUAUAAAGCAAACACAGACGCCUUACAUGGCAGCCAAGCACGCUUCCCCAGCGCGGCUCCCCGGCCGCUCUCCUCCGCCAGCGUGGCACCGUCCGUUUCCAGAAAUCCACAAUCACUUUCUGCACCUCUAUAUAUUGAAUAGAAUCUGUUCUUGUUUGUUUUGCUCGUCGCCAUUUUCAUCAUUGUUCCUCUGUUUUCUCUGCAUGCGCACAGCUUAGUUCAGAUUUUCUUCACGCGUUCGUUCUCAGCUCGAGCGUCUUCCGUUUUUUCCUGAUGAACUAAUCGAUUUAGGAUUGAGAUUGCAGAGAGUGAGAGAAGAAGGAUUUGCGACGAUUCGGAGGAGGUAACGAGAAGCGCGGAGGCGAUCGAUGGCAGAGAAUUGGUGGGAUGCACAGAAGAUGUUCGAUAUGUACUUGCUGGAUUACAUGGUGAAACGAAAUAUGCACGAGACCGCAGCGCAUUUCAGAGCCGAAAGCAACGUUCCACAAGCGGAAGUCGUUAUUGAUACGAAGGAGGGGUUUUUGCUCGAAUGGUGGACAAUGUUACAUGAUAUGAUGUCCUCUAGGGAGCGUAUGAGUAGAGAGGCCCCGCCACCGCCAAUGUUCAAUCUAGCGACCCAUCAGCCAAUGACACAAGAAGAAGUGCGGAGAUUGCGGCUAGCUCAGACAGCAUUCGCUAUGAAUCAACAGAUGCUGCGGCCACCCAUGACGAUGCAGUUACCUAGUGGUGGUGGAACCAGCUUAAUCAGUGGUAUGCCUGCUGCAGCAGGGCAAAUGCCAAUUAGGACUGGUUACCCUCUGGAGUAUGGAAAGAUGUUCAAUGAACAUCGACAGUUUAAUAAUUCCAUGCGGCCUCCUGUUGGAAACAUGCUCUCCUAUCAUCCACAAAGUGCUGAUAUCCAGCCUCAACUGAAUCUGCCCACAUUACAGGCUACUGCUGCUGCACCCAGCUCAGCUUCUCAGAGCAACCUGCAGAAAGGACCAGUUCAGAACCCGAUUCUGCGUCAAUCAAUUGCAAACAAUGGGCAAGGGAUAAAAACUGGCAGCAGUAGUAACACGGUGGACAAUGGCAGUAAUGGAGAAGCAUCUUUUGGUAGAGGUGGCCCUGAAUUUGUAGCUUCUUCUGAUGAAGGGACGAUUCCAAUGCCGCCAGAAGGAUGGUUGAUGAACUUUCUGAUGGACGCCCAAAAGUUUCAGCCUGGUUUCCUUUCAGAUAAGGGGCAGCAAGAUCAACAGAAGUCACCUGGUCAACGUCCACCACUUGCAGAAGGAACUAUUGCUACUAGGCCCGGGAACUCUGCGGACACCAACAUGAGAGAUUCGAAGGACUCCAAUUUAGAAGGGAAUGAAACGAUGACUGAGAAAAACGGAGAAGCUGAGAAACCAGAUCAAGAUGAUGAGAUAAUGCAGCAAGCAACAGAGAUGGAGGAUCCUGGGGAACCAGAUGUUAAAAGACCUGAAUAUCAUUUCAUCCAAUCCUUCUUGUUUGCUGAUGGUGAUGAAGAAAGUAUUCGAUUGAUUGAAGGCCGCGAUGAAGCGCAAUAUCCUCAAGCAACCUACCAAGCAAUACAAUCAGUUAACAGGCUGAACAUGGGCAAAAACAAGAUGCUGUGUUGCCAUUUCUCAUCGAACGGGAAGCUGUUAGUCACCUCUGGACACGAGAAGAAGGUCUGGAUUUGGAACACAGAAAAUUAUCGUUACACCAGGAAUUCAGGUGGGCAUUCAAACCUCGUCACAGACAUUCGUUUCCAGCCAAGUACGACUGUGUUUGCCACAUCAUCCUUCGAUAAGACUGUCCAAAUAUGGGAUGCAGAAAAACCAAGUAGGUCACUCUUCAAGCUCAAAGGGCAUAGCGAGCAGGUACUUUCACUAGAUUUCCACCCAAGACAAAUCGAUCGUCUUUGUUCAAGUGACCGCAAUGGCGAGAUCCGAUUGUGGAAUGUGAACCAGGAUUGUCUUCUAAAAGUCUCCAAGGGAGCUACUGCUCAGGUCAGAUUCCAGCCCCAAUCAGGAAAGUUACUAGCCCUCGCUUCUGGAAAUACUGUCUCCAUAGUUGACUCCGAGACGUACGCUGUCCAAUUCACCUUGAAGGACCAUGUGAACGACGUUCGUUCCAUCUGCUGGGAUUCCACCGGAAAGUACAUUGCUUCUGUGAGUGAAGAGAGCGCCCGAAUUUGGUCGCUGGCCGCCGGCGGGAAGUGCAUACACAAGCUGAUGUCUCAUGGUAGAAACUUCCACUCCUGCACGUUUCAUCCUCACCUCUCGCAAGCCCUGUUGGUUGGUGGUUACAAGAACCUUGUGUUCUGGAGUGCGAAUCAGAAGUGGUCGACUGAAGCUCACAAAGGGAUCAUCGCUGCAAUGGCGAGUUCUCCUGCGGCUGGAUUGAUAGCAUCUGCAAGCCAUGACGGAUUCGUCAAGCUCUGGAGAUGAGGACUAAUUUUUGAACAAAAUGAUUUUGUCACCUGAACUUGGGAGUUCUUUACAGUUCAUACAGACUACAGAAACAGGCAGUUCUAUAGAGACACAUUUUCUGACCAAUCUAUAGAGUUGUGCAGCAACAGGCAGUCUUUUUCUUUGUUCUGAAUAUUUCUGGAUUCUUGUUGAACAUUUCUCUGUCGGUGUUUCCUAAACUGGGUUACAUCUGAACGAAGCUUACCUUGUUCUGAAUAUUUCUGGAUUCUUGUUGAAUAAUUCACUGUUAAGUGUUAACAGUUUGUCCAGUAUUGGGACUAUUGAGAAAAAAUCAUAAUAUAGAGACGUAUCUGUU